UCAAACGAAAAGUGCUUUUACGUACGGCAGUUUAAUAUUCCAUUGUCCGGCUAAAGGUAAUAUUUGGAAUAGCCUUUUGUUGGCACACAAAAGCCCAUUGUUCCUCGUCCAGUAGGCAGCGGGCUACGAUGCAAAGUGUCAUCAACACGGUGAAGGGAACCGCCCUGGGCGUCGCGGGGUACCUCACUCCCGUCCUGAAGGAAUCAAAGUUCCAAGAGACUGGUGUGCUAACCCCAGAAGAGUUUGUGGCAGCGGGAGACCACCUGGUGCACCACUGCCCGACGUGGCAGUGGGCCAAGGGCGAGGAGUCCAAGAUCCGCAACUACCUGCCCACUGACAAGCAGUUCUUGGUCACCAGGAAUGUGCCUUGUUACAGGAGGUGUAAACAGAUAGAGUACUGUGAAGAUAAAGAGAAGGUGAUAGAGGAUGACCAGGAUGGAGGAGGCUGGGUGGACACUCACCAUUAUGACACGGCCGGCUCACCCACAGUUGAGGAGAAGGUGUGUGAGAUGACCCUAGAAGCGGCCGACACAGGCGACAGUGACGGCGAGGCGGGCGACCCUGAAAAUGAUGAUGAUGAGGAAGAGGAUGGCGAGGCUGAAGAUAUGGAGCAGUUCCAGGAGUCAGGGCUGCUGGAUGAAGUGGACCCUUCGACAGACCUCGCCCCACGGAAGGAAAGCAAGCCCAAGGAAGCCAAACCAUCUCGCGGUGACGGCGACGACAUAGUGCGAACUCGCACAUAUGAUCUGCACAUCACGUACGACAAGUACUACCAGACGCCGCGGCUCUGGCUAAUAGGAUACGACGAGAACCGGGCGCUACUGAGCGUGGAAGCGAUGUACGAAGACGUAUCAGCGGAGCACGCCAAGAAGACUGUUACCAUCGAGGCGCACCCGCACCUCGCGGGGCCCGGCAUGGCGUCUGUCCACCCCUGCCGACACGCAGAAGUGAUGAAGAAAAUAAUAGAGACAGUAACAGAGAGCGGCGGCGAGAUGGGCGUGCACUCGUACCUCAUCGUGUUCCUCAAGUUCGUGCAGACAGUCAUCCCCACCAUCGAGUACGACUUCACGCAGAACUUUGCCAUCAACUAGGCUCUUAUAUUUAUAUUUGAUCUAGCCGAUGGAGCGGCAGGGGCACGACUGAGAGUGAAAAUCCGAUUAAAUAAUGAAUGUUUUGAAAGACGGAUGCAAUCAGGGCAUGGUCUCCUGACAACUGGACACUCUAGCGCUAUGACCUUGGAACCUAGUGUUGGUGUUGUCAUCCUUUUUCCACAAUGUUUGUACAAAAUGCCUUUUGUCUCAGAACAUAGUUCUUGGGGGUUUUCUUUUUUGUGGUGUGGCACUUUCAACUCUGGUAAUAAAAAAAUUCACACAAAGUUUAGGGACGGGGAAGUACGUAUAUUUUGUAGAUGGAUUUACUCAGUGGUACCUAUUUGGGAACCUGAAUCAUAAGUACUAACGAUUCUAAAAAAGAAACACCCAAAAAGGAAGUUCGAGGAGUAAUAAAGUUUUAUAUACGUACUAUUUGGGAAGCGACGAAAUUUAGUCAGACCAGACGAUGCCAGUGUCGUCUGUAUGGAUAUUGGUAUAUACUUUUUGAAGCUCACGCAGUCGUUUCUAUCAUGGAAUAUGACUUCAGUUUCUCGCAACAUUUUGGGGGUAUUCCGACGUCGCGUGACCGCCGCCAUACAUGAC